AUCAAUUGACAUUUCAUAUUAGGAGUGUAAUUGACAACAAGUUUAUGAUUCGGUAAUGGGCGACAGCGGCUCAUGGAUUUGUUUAUUAAAUUGUUUUUAAAAAUAAACGGCCUAAACAAAGGUUAAUUUAUUGUUAAAACUAGUAAACAAAAUACUUCAAAAUGCCGAGUGAAAUGAUAACAUUACAACUCGGCCAAUGCGGUAAUCAAAUUGGUUUCGAAUUUUGGAAACAGUUGUGUAUAGAACACGGUAUAUCUCCUGAGGGAAUACUCGAGGAAUAUGCUUCGGCGGGUUCAGAUAGAAAAGAUGUAUUCUUUUAUCAAGCCGACGAUGAUCAUUACAUUCCUCGCGCCGUUUUAUUGGAUUUGGAGCCUCGUGUCAUACAUACGAUUAUGAACUCGCCAUAUGCUAAGUUAUACAACCCAGAAAACGUUUAUCUCUCAAAACAUGGGGGAGGUGCUGGUAACAACUGGGCAUCAGGAUAUGCUCAGGGUGAGAAACUGAAUGAAGAAGUGUUUGAUAUCAUAAACAGAGAGGCUGACGGCAGCGAUAACUUGGAGGGUUUUGUGCUGUGCCACUCAAUAGCUGGUGGAACAGGUUCAGGCAUGGGUUCCUACAUAUUGGAACACUUGUCAGACAGGUUCCCCAAGAAGCUUGUGCAGACUUACAGUGUUUUCCCCAACUUGGAUGAAAUCAGUGACGUAGUGGUCCAGCCAUACAACUCCCUGCUGACAUUGAAGCGCUUAACAGAAAGCGCUGACUGCGUAAUGGUGCUGGAUAACACAGCGCUGAAUCGCAUCGCCAGCGACCGUCUACACAUACAGAACCCAUCAUUUGCACAGAUAAACACCCUCGUCUCUACUAUCAUGAGUGCCAGUACUGCUACAUUGAGGUACCCGUCGUACAUGAACAACGACCUGAUCAGUCUGGUCGCGCCAUUGAUUCCGACGCCCAGACUGCACUUCCUCAUGACUGGGUACACGCCGCUGACCGCCGACCAUGAACUCAAUACCGCGCCGAAAAUCCGAAAAACCACAGUACUCGACGUAAUGCAAAGGCUGCUUCAACCAAAGAAUAUGAUGGUUUCGCUCAGUCCGGACAGAACGAAUCAACACUGCUACAUAUCAAUUCUGAAUAUUAUACAGGGAGAAGUAGAUCCAUCACAAGUACAUAAGUCCCUGCAACGCAUACGAGAACGAAAACUAGCCUCUUUCAUUCCCUGGGGGCCAGCGUCUAUACAAGUUGCCUUGUCCCGCCGGUCGCCCUAUGUUCACGCGUCCCACAAAGUUUCAGGGCUCCUUCUUGCGAAUCACACCAACAUAUCAUCAUUGUUUGACAGAUGUCUACAGCAGUUCGACAAGCUGCGUAAGCGCGAGGCUUUCUUGGAGGUGUUCCGCAAGGAACCGAUGUUCAAAGAAUCUUUGGAGGAAUUUGAUGAAUCUCGUGGAGUUGUUGACGACCUCGUCCAGGAGUACCAGGCUGCAGCUACCCCUGACUAUGUGCAUUGGAAUCCAGAGAGUAGUCAGAUAUAACACUGACAGAUAAAUGAAGAUGGAACAAAAUAUGUUAACAGGACUGGAUUAAAAACACCGUGAAAGGAAUUCCAAAGGAGAUGUCAAGUGGUGUUAUGAUGAUGAUGUACCCUCGGUUGAUAACUUUUUUUAUUUAACAUGUGCCAUUUAUUUUUGUAUUUUUUAAUCUCAUUUUGUUAACAUUGUUUACUCGAAUAUGUUAUGUUACGAUGGUAUAAACAUUAUUACCAAAAACACGCACUGUCUGAAUAAAAGUCCGCUUUUUUUACCAAGAAUUUAUUUUAUAUUUAAUAGUAGCUAUCUUUUCAACAUUCCCUUAAUCCAUACCAUUCACUUAUCACUCUCGUGCGAUCGUUAUUCAUGUGGUUUGUACGUCCCGGCUAUUGACACGCAAUACAGACUGCUUAACAAUCUAUUUUAUAGACGAACAUCAAUAUUACGUGAGUAAAACAUGAAAACUAAAGAGAUUGUCGACGACAAUCACACCAUGAAGUUUAAGCGCAUUCUAGGAGCUUAGCGGCGAAAACAAAGUACUGGUAUAAAACAAUGUUGUAUCUAGGCUCCUAAAAUGUACUAAACACAUACAAAAAAUGCGCAAAUGAGCCACAUGUAUAAAAAUAAAACACUUGCCCAAAUGGUUUUAUGCUCUUGUCUUGUGUUUAGCGCACUAGAGAGCAGAUCUCAAGUCCAAUGUCUUAUUUUAAUCCUUAUUCAUGUAUUUUACCCUCUUAUUUACUCAGUACUAUGGCAUAUAUACAGUCUCUACUGCCAUCACAUUGAAACAUUACUGGAUACAUAAUUAUGUGAAUAUAUUGAUAUAACAUGAUUCAUAUCUAUUUCUAAAGGAUCAUUAUUUCUUUGUAUAACUGACACAUUAUGUACAUUACUGGUUCAAGAAAGUGAUGACAAUGUGUUCUACAGCAAAUAUUUAUAUCUAAAAAAGACAUAUCUAUAUAUCUGGCCAUUACCGUCGAACAAACUUGAUUUAACCAAUCUAACAUUGAACUACUAGUACUAAUAUUAGCUGGAAUAAUUUUAUGUUAACAAGUAACAUAGCCAGUUGUGAUGCAUUUGAUGUUAAUCUACAUGUCAGCCAUAUUUUAUUACUUAUCACUGGAUGAUCAAGAAUAAAUAUUUUAUGAAAGUUAUUUUUACUUUUUUAUUUUAGAUAGAAUAGACCUUGCAGAUACUUAAGGCAAGAUCAUGCAAUCGUCACUUUCCCAAAAGUCAAAUACAGUGCAGCAUGAAGCGUAUGAGUAGUGUACCACAAACAUCACCUGUUUACAGGCAUGUUUGGCAAGUGACAACACUGUCUAAACCACUGGCUAAAGAUGAACAAGUAUCAUUCGAACAUAAUUCACACGCAUCCUUAACACACAACACUAACACUAAUUUAUUAAUUUUAUUAUACAUCAAUAUAACAGCUGUUCUUAUAAAAGUUUUGUUUAAAUUUCAACACAGACUAAUUACGAAUCACAAUGUAGAUUAUCUAUCAAUCAAGGUGCUAAGAAAAAUGUUAUGUGAUGAGAAAUGAAUUAAUGCAACAUUAUUGUAAGUGAACAUUUAUAUAAAAAUAAAAGCGAUGCCGAGUGCGACGCAUUACUUGCAAAAUAAAAAUGUGCCCUAAAAUACAAUGACUUUCUACAACAGAUUAUUAAUAGAAAUUUUAUUCUGUUCUAGGCCCCACUAAGAAAACAAUGCAUGCAAAUAAAUGGUAUGCUCAUAUAAUCAAUAGAGCUGUGACUGGGAAUGUGUAAACAGUCAUUUGCAUAUAUUACCUAGUGAAGCCACAUUUAUAAUGAUUGUAGAAGAGAACAUUGUACAGGCCUUCUGGAAUAUUAGUUAGUGACACGGCCGAAUGUCAACAACAGGCACUGUGGGCUAGGAAGUCUGACUGGGUGCCUGGAACUUGGGCUGGAUGAUGGACGUCUUGCGCAGCGGGACGGUUUCAGGUGUGGGGAUGGCAUCACCAGUCGGCAGCUUAGCAGGGGCAGCAGGAGCCUUGAAUGGUUGAGCCAGAUUGCUCGGCCUCUGUUUCGCCAUUUGAUAAUCUCCAGAAUCAAAGAACUUUUGCCCUUUAGCUAGCCUCUUCUGCAGGAAUGCUGAGUGGCCACCUGGUCCUCUUCCAAGCAUGGCAUUAGGGAACUUUGCCUUCAACUUUGCUUCCUCUAAUUUUUCCAAUUCUUUGGGGUCCUUUGGGGGUUCAGGUUGAUCAGGAGAAUCACUCAUUUUGAUAACUGCAUAUUGAUAUUUGAGUCAGUAGCUACGUUGAUGUUUAGCACAUGUAAUUAAUAUUACGGCAAUUGUAAUAACAAGGAACCACCACAAUCGAUUUUUAUCGUUAACAUUAACAACAAUCGCAAUUUCUCGUGAUUUUCGUAACGUAAAAAAUGGCGUUUUCAAAAAAUGUUGCAAUGUUUAGAGUUUCAUUUCUACCAAUAUAAAGCAACCACUUGAGAGAUUUAAUUUGGUUAUUUUAAAUUAAUUUGUUUACUUUUGCAUAUUGCACAUUUCUAAA